GUGGGAGGAGAAGAGAGGAGAGGGAGGGGAGGGGAGGAAGGCUGGCUGGGUGGGGAAAGGGAGGAGGAAAGGGAAGGGGGUCCUGAGGGGGCGGAGUGCUGCCCCUGGCGCUGAGCAGCCUUGGCAACAGCAGUGGUGGCGGUGGCCGGGACCGAGGUGCGUCAGGCAGCUGGGGCAGCCUUGGCUCCAGCCCGGGAGGCGAGGACACUCCUUUCUGUGGAGUUGAAGGAGGAGGCGGCAGCGGAUCCCAGAGCUUCCUCAGCCUGACUCCUCGGCCUCCCUGCCAACAGGCCCCACCUGCCCCUUUCGGGACCCACCGACGAUCGGCCGGACACACGCACGGGCAGCCUAACGCCAAGGAUGGCUUCAGCACCCACACCUAAAUAUAACUCCCGCUCCUUGGAGAAUGAUUCUAUUAGGAGGAGCUCAAGAGACGGAUUCACUCGAGACCUCUGUGAAGAAAUUCCUCGACUUCCAGGAGAAACCAGAAUUACGGACAAAGAAGUAAUUUAUAUAUGUCCAUUCAAUGGCCCCAUUAAAGGACGAGUUUACAUCACCAAUUAUCGCUUGUAUUUAAGAAGCUUGGAAACGGAUUCUGGAGCAUUACUUGACAUUCCUCUGGGUGUCAUUGCAAGAGUUGAAAAAAUGGGAGGAGCUUCAAGCCGAGGAGAGAAUUCCUAUGGACUAGAUAUUACUUGCAAAGAUAUGAGAAAUCUGAGAUUUGCUUUGAAACAGGAAGGUCAUAGCAGAAGAGACAUAUUUGAAGUCCUCACAAAAUAUGCCUUUCCACGGUCUCAUGGUUUGCCAUUAUUUGCUUUCUUAAAUGAAGAAAAGUUUCCUGAAAAUGGGUGGAUGGUAUAUAAUCCCAUUGAAGAAUAUAGAAGGCAGGGAUUGCCCAAUGGCCAGUGGAGAGUAUCUUUUGUCAACAAACGCUUUGAAAUGUGUGAAACGUAUCCUUCCAUCCUGGUGGUACCGUAUCAUUCCACAGAUGAUGAUCUCAGGAGAGUUGCGACUUUUAGAUCCCGUAAUAGAAUUCCGGUGCUGUCUUGGAUUCACCCAGAAAAUAAGAAUGUCAUCAUGCGCUGCAGUCAGCCUCUUGUCGGCAUGGGAGGCAAAAGGAAUAAGGAGGACGAAAAGUAUCUGGAUAUCAUCAGGGAGGCCAAUGGGCAGAUUUCCAAACUUGCCAUCUUUGAUGCAAGACCCAGUGUAAAUGCAGUAGCCAACAAGGCAACAGGAGGCGGAUAUGAAAGCGAUGAUGUCUACCACAAUGCAGAAAUUUUCUUCCUGGAUAUUCACAACAUUCAUGUCAUGAGAGAAUCCUUAAGAAAACUGAAGGAUAUAGUUUAUCCUAACGUAGAAGAAUCUCAUUGGCUCUCAAGCUUGGAAUCAACUCAUUGGUUAGAACAUGUCAAAUUUGUCUUGACAGGAGCUAUUCAAGUUGCAGAUAAAGUGGCCUCUGGGAGAAGCUCAGUAUUGGUGCAUUGCAGUGAUGGAUGGGACAGAACAGCACAACUCACUUCUCUAGCUAUGUUAAUGUUAGACAGCUACUACCGGACCAUUACAGGCUUUGAAGUAUUGAUACAAAAGGAGUGGAUCAGCUUUGGACACAAAUUUGCAUCGAGAAUAGGUCAUGGGGAGAAAAAUUAUGCUGACACUGACCGCUCUCCCAUUUUUCUCCAAUUCAUGGACUGUGUAUGGCAGAUGUCUAAACAGUUUCCUACAGCUUUUGAAUUCAAUGAACAAUUCCUGAUUACCAUUUUGGAUAAUCUCUACAGUUGUCGCUUUGGUACUUUCUUAUUCAACAGUGAAUAUGCCCGAGAAAAAGAGAAAGUUGUGAUGAAAACUCUUUCUUUGUGGUCAAUGAUAAACAGUGAUAAAGGAAAGUACACAAACCCUUUUUAUACUAAGGAGCUGAACCGAGCUUUAUACCCAGUUGCUAGCAUGCGCCAUUUGGAACUGUGGGUGAAUUAUUACAUUAGAUGGAACACAAGGAUGAGGCAACAACAGCCAAACCCAGUGGAGCAGCGUUACAUGGAGCUUUUGGCUUUACGGGAUGAAUAUGUGAAGAGGCUGGAAGAAAUGAAAAUGACCAACUCUGCCAAGCUCGCCAGCUCCUCGGCUUCCUCUUCGGCCACCUCCCAAAUGAUGCCCCAUGUCCAAACUCCCUUUUAAAAGGAGAACUCCGCGCUAGUUUAGAUCUCCUGUUCUAAAAGAGGAAUUUUUGAAUGCUUCCGAUUUGCACAUUUUUCUUAGGGUUUUUUCUUUUUCUUUUUUUUUCUUUUUUUUUCAUCCACAUAGAGCUUGAACUAGCGCAGUCCUAACCUCUUAAACAUGUGCCUUUCAUAGUCCACCAUCGGAGGGAGAUGCAGCAUCCUCACAGCCAUUGGAAUACUAGGAAGGGUUUUGAGAAAAAUGUAAUGCAAUUAGUUUUUUAAAGUGUUUUUAUUAAUAUAACUGUAGUUUACAUCUUAAAUACUAUGGAUACAAUCUACUUUAUGUAUUUAAACAAAGCAUCAGUGUUUUAAAUUAGGGGUUUAAAAGUUAGGAAUAGAUUUUUUUUCCUGAGUUUAUUCUAACAGCUUACAUUACUUUACAUUGUCUAAAAUGCAAGCAGAUAUAAAAAUGCUAGUGUUAAUGCCAAUAUAAAAAUCAAACUUGCUUAGUGUAGGUCUCCAGAAGUAAGAUGUUUUGAAUAAUGGCCAAAUUCUUUACCAUUGCAAAUGAUGCGUUUAGGAAAAGUCAUUGUAGGUGAGAGUUUUUCCUCAUUUUGGAAAUGAAACUUUGUCUCAGACAUAUUUAAACUCACCCCAUGGCAAACUUAAUGGAAGGAUGUAGAGAAGAGUUGCGUAGUCUGGGCAAGCAGGGAUGUGUCGGGAGCACACCCCCGCCAAUGCGGUCACAGGUCCAUUUCAGUAGACUUAAGAGAGGUUUAUUUUUCCAAGAAAACAUCAUUCUGGUAGGCCUCAAUUAAAUAUGAUAAAACACUUAUCAGCUUUCCAAGCAUUUUCGAAAUAUCUUCUGUUCAAAAAGUUGUCUAAAGUAGGGACUGGUUUUCAGUUUGGGACAAAACCUCGUUAUAGCCUCAUUCUAAAUGUCACCACUGUGCUGCUCUUGUCAAUAUUUUCUGAAAGUCUGUGCCUGGCCAGAGCAGCCUGCAUAGGUACCAAAGUUGGAUUGAGCAUCUCUCCUGUGGGUUUUUUUUUUGCUGUGUUAUAAAUCUAAGGUGACUCUCCAUGGCUACAUUUCAUCUGAGGGUGUGUGUCCUUGAGAGGAUUGUGAGAAGUUUCAGUUUAAAUGGUUUUUCCAAUUAGGACAUAAAACUGAUUCUACAACCUCUUACUUGAAGCAUUUGGCAAUUUUGCUUUUUUUCGGGUAUGCCUUUCAGUGCUUUUAAAUGCAGUUUAAGCAGCACAAACCUUUCUCUUUGCUAUUUGAACUAAUUCAUAUGGUAAACCUAUUUGGGGAAGCAUUUAGGCUAUUCAGAUACAUUCAAUAUGUUUUACAGUAAUUUGUAAAGAACUAUUUAUAGCUGAUGUGAUUAUAUUUUCAAGUAGUUAUCUGAGCAAGGAGAAACUUAUCUUUGUAAAUUAUUGUAUAGGCCAUAGCCGUGUGGGUCUACCAAAUAAGCCAUCCAGAGCGCAGUGCUGUAAUGUACACAUUAUGGAAGUAGAGAAAUGGCUCUCAACAUGAUCACGCUUUUUUUAAACACUGUAACACUGUAAAUAUAAAUAGUUCAUGCAUUGCAUUUUAACCACACGUUGUAGUCCCAUAAAAAUUAAGCAUAAUAGCUUAAUAGGACUUUGGGAUGUGUCAUAAAAACUUUUUCACUGCAAUAAUAAUUGAACACCUGCUAUGAUCAAUGUAUUGUACUAAAAAAUUGCACUAUAUUUUCAGGGAAAUAACUAUUUGUAUUAUGUUCUAAAUUCCCAGGAUUUCUACCUAUAAUUUACUCUUUCUAUGUUUUGUAUGCUUUUCAUUGUAUUUCAGUAGCAGUGUUCUAAGGUUCUUCAAAAGCUCUCUAAGUAUUAGUUAAUGGGCAUUUAAGUAAGUGCAUUAAUUCAGUGAGCAAGGAGACUCAAAUAUAUGUUUUCCGCUUGGAGCGACUUAUACAUAUAUAACUUUAUAAUACAGAUUUGAAAGCAUAAUUGCCUUUACUCUGGAUUUUGUUUUUAAAAUUCUGCGAUGGAGAUACAGAGCGAAGCUUCAUGGGGAAGAGAGCAGUUUUUAGUAGGGGAGAAAUUAUAAAGCUGAAUGUGAUUUUUUACUUAAUAUUUUCUGAGAAUAAACUCAACUCGGGUGAAUCUCAUAAGGCAAGAGUUGUAACUAGUGGUCUUGCCAUUUCAUGACAUUAAGCAGAUCUCCUUAAGACAUCCAGAGGCCAGAUGAGAUUGCAUCCUCUCUUUUGAUGGAGUAAGUAAUUCAUUCCAAGACUUGCCUGGAAAAACUUGUUCAGUUGGAUAAUGCAUCAGAAAACAAAACUGUAAUGGGAUAAGUUUUCAUUUGUCUUUAAAGUGAAAUUGGCGAUCGUUAAAUAAAAGGCUAUGAAAAUACUUUUAA